UUUCUAGCUAGUUCUCAUACAAUAGAAACCAUCUGAAAGGAAUAGAAGAAAAAUCAAUUGUUAGGGUUAUAGAAGCACUUAAAUACUUAAUAAUACUUUUUAGUUUCUAGAAUACAACAUUAAGUUCUCAGCCACCAUUGAUAAAAGCAAGUUUUAUUCCUCUCUUCUCUUUAUUAUUGCUGUGCUCUUAUCUUCAGUUAGUGUUCUUGUACUUUUUUAUACAGCAUAUUUUCUUUAUUCUCAAUACCAAUUGUGAUUUGUGGUUAAGAGGAAUUCAUGUUAGGAAUCGGAACGCAAUGAUGAAUGAUUGAUGAAUGAUGAAUGAUAAAUGAUAAAUGAUAAAUGAUGAAUAGAAAGAAGACUUAAACUUGAGCCGAUGUCAAUUGCUAUUUUUUGUGUGUUUUGUAUUGUAAUUAUUUGAUAGAUGUCAAAUAUUAUAAAUGAUAAUUAGUGUUAGAUUUUAAGACUGCCGCCUUGCUUCAUCGAUUGAUCGAGAUUUCGCUUUUUUACUUGAUUCUACUGUCCUGAGAAACCGAUAUGGGAAGUUCAGACGUUUCUUGGAAAUUGGCGGAUCAUCCGAAGCUGCCUAAAGAUAAGAUUUUGGCUAUGAUAGUGCUUGAUGGUUGGGGCGAGGCCAAUCCUGAUAAGUACAACUGUAUCCAUGUCGCUGAAACUCCAGUCAUGGAUUCCUUCAAGCAGGGUGCACCUGACAGGUGGAGGUUGAUUAGGGCUCAUGGAACAGCUGUUGGGCUUCCAUCAGAAGAUGACAUGGGCAACAGUGAAGUUGGUCAUAAUGCUUUGGGUGCAGGCCGUAUAUUUGCUCAAGGAGCCAAGCUUGUUGACCUUGCUCUUGCUUCCGGAAAAAUAUUCGAAGGUGAAGGUUUUAAUUAUAUUAAGGAGUCUUUUGGUACAGGCACAUUGCACCUCAUUGGAUUGUUGAGUGAUGGAGGUGUACAUUCUCGUCUUGAUCAGCUACAGUUGUUAUUGAAAGGAGCUUCUGAUCAUGGUGCCAAGAAAAUCCGCGUUCAUAUCCUUACUGAUGGGCGUGAUGUCUUGGAUGGUUCUAGUGUUGGCUUUGUAGAAACUCUUGAGAAAGAUCUUGAACUCUUACGGAGCAAAGGUGUUGAUGCACAGAUUGCAUCUGGUGGUGGCCGCAUGUAUGUUACAAUGGAUCGUUAUGAGAAUGAUUGGGAGGUUGUGAAACGAGGUUGGGAUGCCCAAGUGCUUGGUGAAGCCCCAUACAAGUUCAAGAGUGCACUUGAGGCUGUCAAGAAAUUGAGGAUGGAAACCAAGGCUAAUGACCAGUAUUUGCCACCUUUUGUUAUUGUGGAUGACAAUGGCAAGGCUGUUGGUCCAAUUGUUGAUGGAGAUGCUGUUGUAACAUUUAACUUCAGAGCUGAUCGUAUGGUUAUGCUUGCCAAGGCACUGGAAUAUGAAAAUUUUGAUAAGUUUGACAGAGUUCGAUAUCCAAAAAUUCGUUAUGCUGGUAUGCUCGAGUAUGAUGGAGAGUUGAAGCUUCCUAGUCAUUACCUUGUUUCUCCACCAGAAAUCGACAGAACAUCUGGGGAAUAUUUAGUUCACAAUGGUGUCAAGACAUUUGCUUGUAGUGAAACAGUUAAGUUUGGACAUGUCACCUUUUUCUGGAAUGGUAACCGUUCAGGUUACUUUAACUCUGAGAUGGAAGAGUAUGUUGAAAUUUCUAGUGAUAGUGGCAUUAGUUUCAAUGUGAAACCAAAAAUGAAGGCUUUGGAGAUUGCCGAAAAGGCCAGGGAUGCCAUUCUGAGUCGCAAAUUCCAUCAGGUUCGUGUCAACCUUCCCAACAGUGAUAUGGUUGGCCAUACUGGGGAUAUAGAGGCUACAGUUGUGGCUUGCAAGGCUGCUGAUGAAGCUGUCAAGAUGAUUAUUGAUGCAAUUGAACAAGUUGGUGGAAUAUUUGUUGUUACUGCUGAUCAUGGAAACGCUGAAGACAUGGUGAAGAGGGACAAGAAAGGACAGCCUCUACUUGAUAAGAAUGGGAACAUUCAAAUUCUCACUUCACACACAUUACAACCGGUGCCUAUUGCAAUUGGGGGUCCAGGCCUCGCUCCUGGCGUUAGAUUCCGUAAGGAUGUACCUGACGGUGGUCUUGCCAAUGUCGCUGCCACUGUGAUCAACUUACAUGGACUUGAGGCACCUGCUGAUUAUGAGCCAACUCUUAUUGAGGUUGCAGAUGAUUAGGCUACUCGUUUUGGUAAUUUUGUUUGUGAAAUUUGUUUUUGCUGAAGGUAUUAUGCCAUAGGACUUGCUUCAGAUUUAAGGUUAAUAAGACCCUUUCAUUGCUGUAAUCGGACGUAUAUUAUUUCCCUCUUAUACAACAUAAAAAAUGAUAUAGAGGGUUUCCUUUUUUUCACCAUUUGAAUCUAGACCACAUGUUUUCA